AUGUGGCGCAGUCGCCUUCGCAGGCGGCCACCCGGCUUGGACCCACUCCAACCCGCGCUGGAAGCGCGACACCAAACCGGAGACACAGUGAUAGCUACUGGAAGCUUUGCGGCCGCCGGCAACACACAAGAGCACAAGGCCGAUGAGACCAUACCGUCAAUGAGCUCGACGGUUUCCGAACCUUCUGCUACUGCGAAUCACGGCAAGAACGAGCGAAAACGGCCGAGCAGCCAGACGCCGAGCCAGAGCCAGCGAAGCAAGCGGCGCCGAUCGGGCAGGCAGGAUCGCAAGAAGAGAGAGCGCCCAAAUACUCUGAAAAGCCAGGGGUUUUGGCCCAUCAAGGGGAUCGUGCAGGAGGCGUCCAAGGACGACGGCUCGAGCAAAUAUCUCGUCGAGUGGGAAGGCGAAGACGCAAACGGGGAGCCGUGGCCCCUCGAAUGGGUUUCCGAAGUUACUCACGAGGCGCUGUAUGCUUGGCAAACGGAACAAAAAGCAAAAGCUGCUGAGUCCCAAACGAACGUUGGCGACGAGGAAGAGGAAACCCAGCAGCAAGAGGUCAGGCCGAAGUGCACAGAGGUACUAGACUCGCAAGCCACGGGCGAGUCAUCUCUCGAAACACAGAGCUUUAAUCUGCUGAAGAUUGAAGUAGAGCUCAAACAAAGGCCUGAUUUCGACCCUUCUGCCUACCUGGCCGUCGCUGCUUCUUCAGAUUCUGAGGCUCAUCUGGAGGAUUCUAAGGGUGAUAGAAUCAUCCCUGAUUCUCAGGAACCAUCAGCGUUUACGACCGAAAAUUCUGGCCCUCGUGUCGAUACCGACUUUGCUCUUUUGGAUUCGCUCGACUCCCAAGUAUCGGAAACAGUAGCAGAGAUUCCAUCGCGACAGCCGGAUUGGGUGACACAGCGACAGAGCCCGAUCCCAGAGAUCACCAGCUUUUUGCAUACAAUCCCGUCUCCUGUGCCUGAAACCAGCGCGCAGAACUCUCCUUCAGAAAACUGGAAUUUGCAGCCCUUGUUUGGGCCGUCCGACUUUCAAACGCAAGAGCCUUGCAACUCCCUAGGUGCAGCGACUGACCCCGAAGGUUCACAAGAUCAAUCUUCCCAAACCCUGUUAUCUUCUUCACUGCUAUCUCGGCAUCCCCAGCCAGGGAUUGGCUCAUUCGAUAUUCUAUCCCAGGCCGCUCAGAUUGUCCCCCAUACCCAAAGUCAGUCGACGGGCACUUCAAGCCAGGCCCGCUUACUUCGGGACUCUGGCGAAAAUAGCGAAUUUCGUGGAGACAUCGUGCUGGAUUCGUCGCGGCGCUCUCAGAAUCGCCAGGCUCAGUCGCAGAGUUCUACGCAAGCCUUUAUAGGACUACAUGGUAAUUUACGAAUUUCAUCUUCAGCCCCUCCUGCCUACGGACUAGGUCCAUGGCCAUCACGUUCGCAAUCAUCAGGGCAAGCCUCUUUUGAUGAGUCAUCCACCACUCACGGAACCCAUGAUAUCAGAGGUGUCAGGUCCGCAUCACAUUUUUCUUUGCCAGCCCAAACAUCUGCAUCAGAUUUCAAGCCAUCUAAUAUCGCUGGCUCAAGGCAUAGUGAGGGACAUAGAACCCUAGUACGCACGAUGGAAGAUCCGAAUCCGCCCGGCGAGAGACGCCAAACCCUUCAGGAGAGGAUGCGUCAACUGGCACAAAUAAACUUCUCCGGGGGUCCAGCAGAUACUCCACCUGUUGACGCCCCAAGCCCCAUAAAGUCGCAGAACCUAGAGCUGGUACAUCCUGAACUGCCCGAAGUUCCUCUGGAACCUGCAGAUAUUCUUCACAUAUCGCCAUCUCUUUUAGUGCCUUCUGUGGAGAUGGAGCACCAGGACCAGUCUCUAUCUGCUUUUGGACACGAAACCAUACCACUGCGAGAAACAGUGUACGAAUACCCGCCCGUGCCGGACAAUCUCAGCCAUCUUCCCGACCAUAUGAGUCACGAACAGCCUGCGACUUUGGACCCGUCUAAUCUAACCAUGUCCAUUGAACACGACAUGCUGGGACCCGAGAACGACGAUGAUGGAAGUCCCUCAAUACCGACCGACAAUCUGCAAGCCCCUAGCGAGCACCAUGCCAGCCCUGGCCUCACAGAAUCCAUACAUGGCGAUGUAGCAAUCACUAACCAACCCAACAUUCUUCCUUUCAUUGACGUACGCCACCACGAGUACAUUAUUACUCUACCUCUUGCGAGCAACCUUCGUCCCCAGUACGUCGAGGUGAUAGAGAGGAGCAAUACCGAUCUAGUGGCUUAUAACGCGGCUUUCACCGUACCUCCUUACGAAACCCCCGACGCCGCGCUGGUUGCUCGAGUUGAUGGUAUAUUCCAACAGCUAUUGGACAUUUGUGACCUUCCGCCCUCGUUGGAGGCUAUUCAGAAAAUGUCACCAGAAAAGGUGUCAAAGUACAUGAGAAGUACCCACAGUAAAUAUGCCUUUGUCGGGUCGUUGUUGGAGCAUCUGCAAAAGGCCGAGGCUACUGCUCCCAAAAAGAUCUUGAUUGUAGCCAGACCUGGUGCAAUAACUAGUCUUUUGUGCACUCUUCUCGAAUGCAUGGGCUAUCAACCAUGCCAUUUACGGGACGGCGAGAUCCUUCAGGACGAUGGCGCUGUCGGAGCAGCAAGCGGAUCUUGGUGGCUUGGAUCACUGAUUGUCACUAUUCACCCUUCCACUGAUGAGCAGUACGUACUGCAGAGUGAAUACGACGUGGUCAUCGGCUUUGAUCACACCUUCAGACGAGAUCUUUUGCCUCGCUGGACUAAUGAGCAUCCAAUAAGCAUGCACCUUGUCCACACUACCAGCAUUGAGCAUCUUAGCAUGCGUAUUUCCGACAACAUUGAGCCACUCACCCGCAAGAACUACCUCUUGCUUGCGGUAUGUGCUUCGCUGCCCGAAAUACUCAAUCCAGACCUGGAGUCCGAGGAAGCCCAUGAAAUUACUGAACGCUUUGCCAAUUACAUUCAUGGAGUCGAUCUCGAUGAUUUUUAUUGGGACCACCAAGAACCGCCGGACUCGAUCUUUGAACACAUUGCUGCCAACUCUCAAGGUUCUGCAACUCAAUCUAACCCUUUGCCCAAUGGAUCUCCUGACCACGUUGUGGGCCGCAAACGGUCGUUGGACGGUGCCGAUGAGACAGAGGCUGAGGCCAAACGACUCAAGACUGCCCCGCCAGGCAUAAUUACCACGAAAGUUGCCAUUGCGCCACAGGUUCCCAGCACUCUGAAAUCGUUCAUCGGAGAGGGUGUCGCAGCGAGUGAUGAUGACUCCGUUGUUCAGAUCUCAGUCUCACGAGCGAAAGAACUUCAGGCCAAGAUGGCAAAGCUCAAGGCAGAGCUCGCAAGCACCCGCCGUCAACGUGAUCAGUACAAAGAAUUGGCUGAUCGAUCCAACAAGGAGGUUGAGAGCUGGACCGCCUCGGUCAACCGCAUUCAACCACGGUACAUGGCUGCUUUGAGAGACCGCGGUAUAGCUCAUAAGGAGAGAGAUACAGCGCAAAAACAGCAUCGCGACCUUGAGAGUCUUUUACGGGUCACGCAGAAAGACUUGGCAUCCACUAAGGAUGCUCUAUCCGAAUCGAAGCAAAGGCUGUCUGAAGCUCAAGAGGCUUUGCUCAGCGGCGGAAAUCCUAAAGCGGCCAAGAUGGUCCGCAUCGAGAAGGAAUUGGAAGAAGGGCGGGUCCGAGUGGUAGAUGCGGAAAAACGGAACGCAUUGGCACAAAAGGACCGCGAAUAUGCCUCGGCCGAAUACCAGAAUGCCUCACACCAUGCGGCAGAGCUCGCAAAGAAGAACGAGUCUCUCAAUGACGAGAUCGUGAAGCUCAAGCGUUUGGCCAAUGACAAUAUCGUCAAGAUCAACCAGACGCAACGAAACAAUGAGGUCAAGGAACUCCUACGCCGCAUUGAAGAGAAGAACACCAUCGUCAGAGAACUAGAAAACGAUCUCAACCGAGCCCGAGAACAGAACACGCAGCUCAGGUCGGGCCGCAGGGAAACGCGCCAGUCUAGUGUGCCGCGCAGCCCACGGCUUGCAGUUUCGAGUCCUCGUGGCCCCUCUAGGCGAGCCGCUACCGAAGUGGCAAGCGGCAGUGCGAGUCGAGGUGCCAGUCCUGCCUUUGGACCAUUGGAGGCUGGUGCAAACAUCAUUCCCGGCGUUGGGAGUAUAUUUGCAGGCCAACAGCAGGGAAAUGGCCGCUAUGCGCAUUUGCGAGAUUAA